UGUUAUUAAUAUGAGUCUGAUGAUUAAUAUGUGCUUGAAAAGAGAGUAAGUCAGAUAGUGUUGUGUGACAAGAAGAGGAAUUAUGAUGACUGAUGAAAACCUCCAUUUAUUGAUGUGAUGAUUAUAUUUUAGUACAUUUUGAUUUUGAUCGAUUUUAAGUGCCUCCAUCAGAAAGUGGCAGAUAUCACGGAUAAGGAAGAGAGAACAUCAAUAUUUAACAAUAAAAUGCUCUGUAACUAUAUGCUGUAAUCCCAGUAAGAUUCAGGGAUCAUGGAUACAGCUUGUUGGCCUAUUCCAAUCAUUCCAGCAUACCUGUUGAUUAAAAGAGGAAUCCUAUACUGUGUGGGGAAUUCACUGACUCAGACAGGCUGAGAGGGUGAGAAAGAGACAUGGAAGGAAAACGAGGGGGUACAAGGUGAAUGACAGCUGAGGAGAGGGGAGGCAGGAGAGCGAUGGGUUAAUGUGGUCAGGCUGACUGACAGAUUGGAAGAGGUGGGAUAUUAGCAGUGCUGUGCAGUAGAGAGGGGGGCACGGGGAGUAGGAGGUUUGAAAUGCCUUGUAGCUGGUUCGUGCGUAUUUGCCAGCAUAACAGGCCAGAGGCGGAGAGAGCGGGAGUCUUGGCACAAGAGUAGGAAAAGAGAGGGAGGGAGUUAAGCAUGUGUCUCAUGGGGAGAAACACACAGCCAAUAUCCUGGUCUCCAGUAAACAUCUAUAAGCCUCCUUUAUAAAGUCAGCUGUGCUACUGCAUGGAACAAGGGAGCAAAGGCAAAAAUAUCCACUUUGAUUAUCAGUCUAGCUGCGAACAUUCAGUAGAUCUGCAGCCCUGAACAGAAGCUCCCUAACAGGAGCCUGUCAAGUUUUCAAAGAGUCUUUGAUUAGAUGGUGAAAAGAGCAGAGAAAACUGAGUAGAGAUCAUCCAACUGAGCAGAAAAUGACAGCUGCAGCAGCUCAGGAACUCGACGAGCUAUGUUUCCUGUCGGCGCAAUCCAUGCCCAAUCUGAAAGUUUCUGAACACUUUCGGAUGGUGAAGCUCCUGGGAGAAGGAUCCUAUGGGAAAGUCAUGCUGGCUGUGCACAGAAAGAGAGGAACUCCUAUGGCUCUGAAGUUCUUCCCUCGUCAGUCUACCUCGCUCACCUCUUUCCUGCGUGAAUACAAUCUGUCCCUAUCUUACUGCACCCAUCCGUCUCUGACACGAGCCCUGGGCAUCUUCUUCUCCACGCCAUCCUACUAUGUGUUCGCCCAGCAAGCCGGUCUAUACGGUGACCUCUACAGUGUUAUAGUAUCCGAGGCCGGGGUGAAUGAAGACUGCGUGCAGAGGGUGAUGUCCCAGCUGAGCGGUGCAGUUACACACCUCCACUCUCUGGGCUUUGUGCACCGUGACAUCAAACCUGAGAACAUCUUCCUCUGUGACAGCUCCUGUCGCUGGGUCAAACUCGGGGACUUUGGCCUCGCCCGGGCCAUCGGCACCACCGUUCGAGCUGUCUGGUACGAGUCGCCCUUCUGCACGCCCGAGGUGGAACCUGCCAAGGAGGCCGAGAAGGAGAUGGAGAGAAGGCAGAAUGAAGGAACCGAAGAAGAGGUAGAAGACAUCUGGAUAUCAGUAGAGCCCUGCAUUGACAGCUGGGCUCUCGGUGUGCUCGUCUACUGCCUGCUAACUGGCUGCUUCCCCUGGGAAGAGAGCACUCAUGAUGACCGUGGCUAUCGAAAAUAUAAGGAGUGGUUUGACCGUGAGGCCGAACGUGACGAGAAAAUGCGAGAUGGCGAGUGGAGGGGUGAGGAGGACGCUGAUGAUUACAUUAUUAUGGAGAGAAAACAAAGAGACAAUCCUCCUCCUUCACAGUUUGAGGGCCUCAGCCCAUUAGUGAUGACUCUGUUGAAGGAGCUACUCCACCCUGAGCCCAAGCACAGAGGGAGUCCAGAGGAGAUCCUGAGCUAUUUGGGAGGGCCGUGGCUGAUGGAGACGGAGAGAGAGGAGAAGAGGAAAGCAGAGGAGGCGGAGAAGGAAGCCAGAAAAAUGAGGGAGAGGGGAGGGGUAGAAGAAGAGCUGCUCAGGGAAGGAAGAGGGGAGAGAUAAACUUUGUCUUUAUGAAACUGUUUCAGUGUUUUCAUAUUUUUAUAAGUACCCUUAAAACUCAAAGUGCAACUUCAUUGUACAUAUUUCUGUUUGUGAACAUUUGUAAAUAUUUGUGUUUGCAUGAAAAUAAUACAAGAAAAGUGUGAUGUCUGAACAAAAAGCUGUAUUAUAAUGCUAUUAAAGACUUGUGUUGGAA